GCCACAUGGCGGCGGCGGCGGGGUCGCCAAGUGGCCCUCGCCUCAGUCUGCGCUGGGACGCUCAGCAAGCUGCUCCACGCUGGCGCUUCUCUCCGCGAUUGCCUUGCUCUAGAGACCCCUACCCGGAGAGUGCCUGCCACCUCACCUGACACUCCAGCCAGACAACAGCUUGCUUCUUUGAUCCAACACCUGGCAGCCAGCCACCUUGACCACCAUACGCUCGCUUACAAACCGUCCUCGACAAAUUGUGGUUACCGCUUACUCCCGAGGCUUUUGCUGCUGUGUGGGCUUGUCUCUGUGUCGGUGUAGCGGGGAAUGAGGAUACCAGAGUGAGCAAAAGCGCGCACCCCCGGACUGACCACCCGUCACCUUACCAACCCCCUCACUACACAUCUCCAGCACCGUCGCCGCCUGCUGAACCACUCCUGCUGCUGCUGCUGCCGCUGCUGCUGCUACCGCUUCCACCGCCGCCGCCGCCGCCGCUGCUCAAGCGUUCCUUUGAAGGCGUGGUGAGACUCCGCUCGGAGUCUCGACUAGAGGCGAGCUGGAUCCUUCGGCCGCCGCCGCCGCCGCAGCUGCGCACAGCGCUCCACCCUACAGUGCUAUGGUGAGCGCUGGGGUGCCCAACAUGGCAAUGGUCAACGUCAACAACUUUUUGAACGUGAAGGACUCCCGCUGGCUGCAGCUGGAAGUGUGCCGAGAGUUCCAGAGGAACAAGUGCACGCGACCAGACACAGAGUGCAAGUUCGCACACCCGCCACCCAACGUCGAAGUCCAGAACGGACGCGUGACGGCGUGCUACGACUCUAUUAAGGGUCGGUGCAACAGGGAGAAGCCGCCCUGCAAGUACUUCCAUCCCCCCCAGCACCUCAAGGACCAGCUCCUCAUCAACGGUCGUAACCAUCUGGCUCUCAAGAACGCCAUCAUGACCCAGAUUCAGGGCCUUAGUCCGGGCACGCCUGUGGUUCCUGGGACCAUACCCAUUGAACAAAUUCAGCAGCACUAUUAUCCUUGCCAACACCCGUCGCCUCACAGUAGGCACCAGGAACAGAGAACGUCCGCCCAUUACAACGUUUACAACUCCGCAAUAACUCCAGAAAACGUACCAAUUAUGUUCCCACACAACUCUGCGCCAUACUUGGCCGGCAUCCCAACCAUGAGUAACUUCAACCCCUACAUCGCCUCCUCUCCUGUGAUGGCCAUGGGUAUGACUGACGGUGCUGUGGCCUCCCCCAUCAAUGCCGUGGUGCCACAGCAAGUAGUGCCGGCCCAGAAGGUGCCACGGACAGACCGGCUUGAGGUGUGCCGCGAGUUUCAGCGCGGGGCGUGCAAGAGGCCAGAGCAGGAGUGUCGCUUCGCCCACCCGCCCGAUCACGUGAGCACGACAGACGAGGGCACUGUCACAGUUUGCAUGGACGCUAUCAAGAGCCGCUGUUCUCGUGACCCUUGUCGCUACUUCCACCCUCCCCCGCACCUGCAGGCCCAGCUCAGGGCGAGCCAAGGCCGCGCAGCACAACAGUCCGUGGCUUUUCCCGGGAUGGUACCCUACAAACGUCCAGCUGGAGACAAGUCUGGAGUACCUGUGUACCAGCCGACAGGGAGCGCAGCGUACCAACAGGCCCUCAUGCAGCAGUUGGGCGGCCAGAGCUUUGUGCCAGUGUCAUGCGAUGCUGAAGGACACCACACACAUGACUGUUGGCUGCCAUCCAAGGGUCAUGUGAUGCGAUAUCACCCGUAUGUAUUGGGGGACACAGCAGUGACCUAUGAGGCGCAUAUCCCUCAUCACGUAGAGGUGACAGACAUGAAGGUGAGUGUCUGUCGCGACGCGGUGAAGGGCAAGUGCGGCCGGGGGCUGUGCAAGUACUACCACCUGCCCGUCGUUCUGCCGCCUGCCCCCCUGGAUCCGCACUCCGCCCGCACCCAGUCAGCCCCGCGCCACCAUGCUGUCCACAACCCGCCCACCAACUCGCUCAUUUUAGACAACGCCCACUACAUGGACAACACCACGACGGCACCCCCACCCAACAACAACGAUCCGGCCACAACACCUGCUGCAACUUCAACUAUUCAAGUCAUUGCCAACUUAACAAGUUCUAACAAUAUCCGUUGCAACUAGCUUAAAGUGGUGAAAUACAAUCAGAAAAAUAUAUUUGUGUUAUCAAUACAAGUGAAAAUUUUGUUAAUUAGCUGGAGGCAAGAAAAAAUAAUUUCCUAUUAAUAAAUCCACAGAGCAAGUGAGGUGUUGAGUGUUGUUGUUUGGUGACUUGGGCGGGUUUGUGGAGCAAAGGCAGCGCAGGGAGCCCCGGGCCCCCGGAGCGUCUGGUGCUAGCACAGCCAUGCUCACAUUAUGUGAUUUGUCAAGUGUGUCCUUACAGUCCCCUCCCAUGGGGAUGGGUCAACUCCAGCACUCGUGGAUAUUUUUUCAAAAAACAUAACAAAAAUAAAUUUUCACUUUGUUUUUAUCUCUUUUAUAUAAGGAUAAGGUAGGAAAAAGAUGCCCUUAUAAAGGGCUGAGAUUAAUUAUUUUCUAUUAUGUACCAAUGAAACAGACUCUUGGACUGUUGUGCGUACAUGACAAAGUCACGUGCCAGUGAAGCCCCCGACCAGCGACUGGCACUGUAGGGAAGUAUUCUCCUCUCCUGACACCUGCCAGGCUGCCCUCUGGCACACUUGAUGCCUGGGGCCAGCCAGACACAUGGUCUACUCCUUGUCUAGGAUAGUUAAGUGUGUACCAGGCAGCUUCUCAGCAUAAGUCCCACUACGGUAGUGUUCCUCCUGCAGGCCCCUCUGAGCCGUAGUCAAAGUAAAAUAGCUGUACUGUGGAUCCACUGAGGUGGGCUGUGGACUCAGAGGCAUAUACCUAAAUAGUUAAGUAAUAGUUUCAGCACCUGUUAGGUCUCAUGACAAACAUAAGUCCCUCUGUUUCUUCUCUGAACGGGUGUCAGCAAGGAGAGUAGUUCCCGUCUUCCUGCCAGUGCGCUGGUCCAUUACCUAGGAGAAGAUACAGCGAGAAGCUCGACUGAACAUAGAGGACUCAGAAAUGAGGAACACGAAUGAGAGAGGAAGAAGGAAGUAGCCUGAGGAAGGAGCAGAUGAUGCGAGGUCACUGAUGAUGAAGACCGAAGCCAGAAGGAAUCUCUUACUGCAAAUAUUUUAUCAAGUUUUUGGCCUGUUUUACACGAAUUGGUUUCUAGUCAUUUACCCUUUGUUUUAUUUCCUUUUAUGCCAUGACUAGCUCGGUGAAUUUAAGGGGCUGUGAGAACUUAGUACAGUAUGUCUGGUUUUAUAUGAAACUGUAUUAUGCAAAGCCGUAUAUGUAUGUUGUAGUACUUGUAAUGGAUAAAUUUUUCAUAGUUCCUUGUGUUAUUUUUACAUAUAUGAAACUUAAAUGUUUUAUUACAUGUAAAGUGCCACGAUUUUAAUGUUCCUGUAAUUGACGCAUUUAGGAAUCAAAGAGAGGGUAUAUGGGAGGGUCGAAGGCACUGCUUGCGGAAGUCCCGGCUUUAGAAGUCACCGUUUGGCAAUAUAGUCUGUCCGGGUGGCCUGUUUGUACUUCUUAUAUAUAGAUAAUUUAAAGCACGAAUAUGGUUUGUCAAAAUGUCAGUUAUACUUUUAAUAUUAUAUUUCAGGCACAAUACAUAAAUUGCAAAGAAUUUGGCUACCAACACAAUGCAUAUAAAAUAUCAAACAUAUCAAAGUAUUCAACAUAUAAUGGGAUAUUUGAAUAAUUUCAAGAUAUUGUUAUUGCAUAUGUGAAACACUAUUUAAAAUACCGAUAUGCACAGUUCCAUUUGUAAAUAAUGCUAAAAAUUGGAGAUAGAUAUAAUGUCUAACGAGUUUGUUGGUUACUCUUACCGACAUUAUCAACAUUUACUUUACCGAAUUUGCAAAUAUUGAAUAAUUUAAACAACUCUAGAUAAAUUAUCAAGUUAUUUAUUUGGUACUAAAGUUUAAACUAAGAUGCCCAGUAAAGUGAAGUGUCCAUGACAAAGGCCCCCCGGACACGCAUGCUCUCUCGCUAGUUCACUUGUUCCGUCAGGCUCAGUCAGGUGGCAGGGAUGCCCCUCCUCCCAGAAUGAUAGGUACUUACUGUUCACCAGACCACUUCCUCCGUCAUAUCCUCCAUCAUUACACCAUCAGCAGUGCUCAGUCAAGUACACACGACCAGUAGUACUGAGUCCAGUACACACACAAACACAUUACUAGGUGAGUAACACUUAUGCUCUCACACUCAUGCACAUAUGUACUAGUUGAGUACACACACAUGCAUGUGCACACACAUGCAUGCACACACACGCAAGCACACACACGCAAGCACACAAACAUGCACGCAUGCAUGCACACACACACACACACACAAACACACACAAAACCUAGCAGGUCCCUCGCAAUAGUCCCAUAACCCAUCAGAAUUGCCAUCCAUGCACAGCCAUAGUUUACAAGAUCUCCCAACCUCACCUGUGCCACCGGCUGAAGCCUACUACACAGUUAAUGUCGGUCUCCACCAGCACGCUUGCUGUAAUUUAGGAUCUAACUUCAGCCAUGUGAUAAGAGGAGCUGUAGGUGGUGCCGCGCUGGGUUCCUCCUGACUGCAGGGGGAUACCACUUGGCGUAGGGGCACACCUCAAGUCACGCUCACAAUCCGGCCAUGCAGGGUACAACUUGGACCCUAGAGUUGCGCUUGCUUCACAGUCAAAUGUAGGGGCUUUUUCUUCAGAGUGCAUCAUCCAAACUGCAGGCUUCAUGAUGUCACUGCUUCCCAAUCCCUAGCGGCUCCUGGCUAGAACUGGAAAAACUUUGUGAUUUCGGCAUGUUCCAUGUCGCACAGAACACCAGUAGCUGGUUAACAUGGGUGAGCCACGGCAGCCUGCUAGGGUUGUUCCUGACAGGACCUUGCACAGCAGAAGACAAGGUGUAGAGAGGAGAGCUGUGCUGGGUCCUGCCUUGCCACUGCCUGCCCUUUUCCUCACCUCCAUGUGCUGGUAAUAUGCCUGAGGACAACUUAAGCUGUUCAAACUGCCAAGAGGUGGCAACUAAGGGCAGGGAAUGGCAUCUGCAUGUAACCAGUUAUCUAGUGGGUAGUCCACGUAGGUCCCCUAGCACCCUAGCUUCAAUUGUAGUGUGUAGGCUUGGGGCACAUGUCCCCGCACACUUGCAUGUUAGCACCUUGCUUACCAGGUUUAACUGUAUCAAUGUGAAUAGAUCUCCUGUAACCUAUAAAUGAUGCUCCUAUAUUCUGUAUGUUAGAGCCGCGCCCUCCUGAUGGCGAAGGGUUGCCUGCUGCCGCCCCAGCCGCCCGCCCGCGCGUCCGCACUGCCUGGCGACCCCAACCCAUCCCCGGAUCUGGUUACCUGACCAGGAUACCCACUAUGGCACAACCUUCUGCACAUUGUUAUUUCUUAUUGAUUCACACUUACAUUUAUAGUCAAGAUAGACAUAUUUAUCAAAUUUACUUCAUCUGAUCAAAGCCACAGUGAGUUCCGGGCAUGGAGGGCAGUAGAAUUUUACGAGGAUGUCCUCACGAAGUCAAAUCAAAACUGAGCGCCAUAUGUAUCUGUGUAAGUUUUCUCCACAAUCCUGCUGCCCUUCGUGAGGGCCCUCCACGUAAGAUCUGUUCCUUGUGAUCCUGUUGGCCUUCCCCAGCCACAGCGAUGUAUUGACAGUUGGGCAUGAGUCGCAUGACCCUCGGUUACUGUAAGGUCCAUUAUAAUAUGAAGUAAUAGUAAUAUUAAUCAUAAUUAUAAUCACGAUAAUCAUAUAGCCAGUCUGAUGACAACUCAGUGGCUGCAGCCUGGACUUCGCUCGGGCCCCGCCAGUUGUUAAAAAUAACAGCGAUGCCUCAGUGGAGUGGAGGUGGCCGCCAUAACUCCUGCCGGUGAUAGCGGACCGUCUUCCCAUGUCACUGGCCAGGCAAUGCAUGCUCCUAGUGUCUAUUUUAUUUUUACUUGAGAAUAUUUGUACACUGUAAUGAACUAAGCCAGUUUUUGAGAAAUUAUCGUGUUUCCAAUCGUCCCCACCUUUGUCAGGGUUGAAAUCUCAAUGUAGAGAAACACAUUUCCAUUGUUAUUUUUAUAUUUUAUCAAUGCUUCCUGUUCAUUGCUCGUUUAGCAGUUCAUUUAUGCUGGCUUGGUUUUAAAAGUCACAAAUUAAGUGAGUUUUAUACUUAUACAUGUUUGUUUCUAAUUUAAUUUCUAUGAAUGCUACUCCAAAUGUUUAAAUAAAUGAUUUUGAUAUUUUACUAAUGGUAUGCUAGCCAGUGUUCUGGCAUAUGCUGGAACUGUGUAGUAAAAGUGUGGGAUGAAGGUCCCCAACAUUUUGUGAUAUUUUCUUAUUGUUAUUUAAGUCGAUUUCUCUGUUUUCCUGUGACUACUGACGUUGUUAUGUUACUUGUUAGGUUAAGGUUGCCGCGCGAAGGGAGAGCUCUCUGGUGAGCGCUGCUGCACAGUGGCCAAACGCCCGCAAACUCGAUAUCAGCUCCAGCCAUAUGCUCACAAGCUCAUUACUGACCCUCAGCAUUAUUGUUCACUUCCCUGUCAUCUGUGGGAUUUAAAAGGAGUCUUCAGAUUCCUGUUUAAAAUGUUAAGUCUUCAUUGAUGUUCUGAGUGUUGUCCUGUGUUUGUUCUUACACAAACUUUAAAGCCACGUCCUCUUUUCUGGUUACACUAGGGACCAGGGCGUUGGCCUUGAGUCGUGGGCGGCCUCGCCAGGGGCCUCGAGCAUCCCCACGUGCCCUACACAAGCACGAGGGGAAGGGCGCCGGCUUUAAACACCAGAGGAGGGCAUUCUGAGGUCUUGUCCAGAACCACUAUUAUGUUUUCAUUCACAGCCCACUGCAGGCUAUAGCAUUGGAAAUCAAAUUCAGAAAGAUAAUGGAGUCUCUGUGGUAUUACUGGGUACUGUACCUGUUUGGUAUUACCAAGAAAUACUCAUACUAGACCACAAAUUAUAUUUGCCAAUAAAGGGAAAAAGAAAAAGAGGUAGUGUAUAAUGGCAGCAAGUGACAGCAUUACCAUAGAGGCAGCAUUGAUCAAAAAAGUAAUAGAGGGUGUACAAGAUCCCGGGCCAGCCCUCCACAGCCACCCCAUAGUGCGGCCGCGGGCCCAGAGUGUGACCCAAGUUAGCAUCCCCUUUUAUACGAAGAAGAAGCCCAUGGAGGUAAAACAAGGCGGAUCUGUGACCUCUUUCAAGAUAUUGGUAGACAACAGCCAGUAGCCUCUUCUAUUGGGCACCCUUGUAUCAAAUUGUAACGUUUUAUCCAAUUGUACUAACACUCUACAGGAACAGUGCAUUGAUACAAUCAUGCCUCAAUUAUAGACUACUCAUUAAACAUAAGAAAUUUUAUCCAGCCAAUUGUAUAUCACUAAUAUGUUAAAUGCCAGUUAAGUGAAGAACCGUUGUGCAUAUCCAAGUUGUAUGUUAUUUGUACUAUUGUGUAUGAGUGAAGUCUGAAUUAUUACUACUUUUAGGUGAUAAUAUCUUGGAAGGUGGUGGGGGUGGGGAGCAGGGCAUCUCAGAGCUGCAAAAACCGUGGCUCUAAGAUGCUCACAGUACCACAGUGCCAACAUCUCACACCAGCAUAUCAGUCGUAGCACUGCACACAUGCUUACUGGCUCAUCAGCAUUCAAAUUUUUACUCUUGUAAACCAAAUACAAAAUUCAAAACCCCUAAAAAUGAUAAAUGAUUUCCUGGCUCUAAUCUCCUAUUAUAUAAUGACAAGGGCUAUACAAAUAAUUAAAGUCUACAUGUGGGCACCCAUUGGACCAGUAGGCAUGCAGGCAGUUGGCUACCUUCAGGCCUGCCUUCCACUCGUCCGUCAAGCACCACCACCACCACCUGAGCGCUCUUGGCACUCACCGCUGCUAAACCACUGCGUUUCAUAUUAUCGUAUUUUCGUGGAUAUAGAGAAAUAUCAAAGCAUUUUACAUAAUGGGAUAAUAGGAACAAAGGCUCAGUGGGAUAUUCUUAAUGUGAAAGUUUUUAUUUUACUAAAUAUACAUGAUGAAACACGUGGAGUUAAUAUGGAAAAUAUUUUUGGUAUGUGUUUGUGGAAAUAAUAAUUUAAGAUUUAAUUGUAUAAUAGUGAUAAGAAUUUAUAAUAGUUACUGUAUGAGCAUAUAAUGAAGAGAAAAAGGAAAACAUAUUAUGCACCUGGUUUUAGAGAUAAUGGAAGAACAGAUGGGCAAGUGGCAGUGGUGAUGCUGCUGUUGAUGAGCUCAGUGGUGAGAGUGAAGGGUUGCCAUUGGCAGCUUGCUGGUGGCAGUGGUGGGCUGCUGUUGGCAGCUUGGUGGGGGGACAACAUUCCAGAGCCAGCAUAAUACCCCACCCCCCUCACCCGGGUCACAGUCAUAACAAAGUGUAGCGUAAUAAAGCUCAAACAAAAAUGGAAA